CCCCCAAGCCCAAGCGUGAGAUGCUCAGUUGAUCUCCUUGCUGCACCACGACCACCACCACACAACUGAUCCCGCCUAACUUUUCCUCAAGAAUACAUAUUAAAGGAACUGGUUUCUUUUAGUCCCAAUUGUCAAUCCAGUUCUUUACUUGCCAGUCAUGGUUUCUUGUCGCAUGCUGCAACGACCACUCUUCAGCCUUGUUUCCUCGCUCGUGUCGCAAUAGAAAACUCGAUUCCCGUCCUCGUCGCCCGGCUUCUCGCCCGACUACUCUUGUCGAAUAACGUGUCAAUCAGGCUCUCUAUCCAUUGUUCCAUACCUGUCGACACUUAUUUGGGUUGAAUCACAUAGUCCAACCUCUACCGCCACCAUUUUCCACCUCGACCCCUUGUACGCAUUCUUCUCUCGCCUUGGUAGACCCGCGGCCCCGGCUGCGAGCCAUGGGAGAAUCAGACACCAGAAGAUCUUCUCGAGCACGACCCGGUCAAUCACAAUCGCAAGCACCUUCUAGUUCGUCAAGUACAUCGGGACGCGCCGAACGGUCGUCCAGAUCAUCAACAAACAAAGUCUCGUCCCCACAACUUACUGCUUCAUCAAUCUCGGAACCGCCAGACGACGGACUCGCUGUCGCUGAACCACUUGUCCGGUCUCUGCGGAGCAAUCGUGUGCGUGAAGCGGAAAACUCUAGCCGAGAAAAGACUGCCGACGCCAGCGCUUACUCCAUGGCGUCCAGCGACAAUGAAGUCCAAGAGGACGACGAAUCUGUCCGCUGCAUCUGCGGUCUUGAAGAUUACCCCGGUCCGCCGGUGAUUAAGGAUGACCAUAAACACGCCGCUGCCAAGGAAGCGUUAGAUCUCGAACCUUUUCUGGCGGCUGAUGUCCCAGAUGAAGUUGCAGGCUUCUUCCUUCAGUGCGAUGUUUGCAAGGUCUGGCAACAUGGCGGCUGUGUCGGUAUCCUAAACGCGGACUCGAGUCCCGAUGAGUAUUUUUGCGAAAAAUGUCGCAAAGACCUACACAAGAUCUCAGUUGCAAGCAAUGGCCAACGAUAUUCGCUCUACCUACCAGUCAACCGUCCGUCCCGAUCAAAUUCUAGACAUACAAUUAGCAAAGAGAAAGAAAAAGAGCCACCAAAGUCUCCCAAAGGCAGGGAAAGCAAAAGCAGUAGGGCUGCUGCUGCGGCACUUGCUAGUCACAAGCGUCGGUCAACUUUAAAUAGCCGCCAUGUAUAUGAUGAGGAAGAAGAAUUACGACGCGCCAUCGAGGCAAGCAAAGAAGAAGCUGGCACAGGCGAGCCUUCUGAGGGCAGCACCAAGAGGAUCAAACGAGGCCGCAGUGAUAGCGUAGAGAAAACCGAGUUUACUAAACGCCAACGAACCGGUUCUAGAUCUCCCACACCUGUCGACGAAAGCGCAAUUCAGGAUGACUCGGACGAUGGUCCCUCGAAAACCAGCUCUCAGAAGAGCAAGUCGCGAAAUCCUACGGUGCGAAACCAACAGCGGGACCUGCAGAAGGCAGAGAAGGAAGAGCGCGAGAAACAAAAGGCCGAAGCUGCAAACAAGCGCAAGAGCCGAGCAGAGCGAAGAAGAGCAGAUGACUCGGAUAUCUCUGAAGAAAUUCCCUUGGCCGCUCGGGCAACGACGGCUCGCUCGACCGCACCCGCUGCUGAGAUACCUCCUCCACCGCCUCCGCCAAGAGCAGUUUCUCCUCAGCCAACACCUGAAGUGAAGACGGAUAAAAGCUCUUCAAAAUCCAAAAAAUCCGGCUCUCGCAAGAAGGGCCGCAACCAGUAUACGAAAGAUCGUGACCGUUCCCCUGGACGUUCACAGUCUCGCGAUGUCCCGGAUCCUGUCGCGGGUGCCACAAAUGCGAGUGGCACUGGUACAGGCCAAUCUAGGUCUCGAAACGCAAAGACACAAGCCAAGCAUGAGAAAGACAAGGAAAUGUCUUGGUUGGAUAUGGAGCGGCGCAUAGCCUACUGGACUGAUUUCACCCAACGAGUCGAGCAGGAUCUGAACAUAGACCGUGAAGCCUUCGAGAAGAGAAAAGAGGAGGAGAAGGAGAGGCAAGCACGGAAAAGAAAAGAACAGGAAGCAAGCAAAACGAAUACGGAGAGGGACAAGGCCAACAAUUCAACUUCCGAAGGCACUACAACGGCUUUGACGGGAAGUUCAAACCUUAAUGGUACGUCAGCUUUGGCGAAGAGCAAUCUCAACGGUGUAUCACCUGGCGAGGGCCGUACACCAAUGAUUGCCGUUACGAACGGUGAUAAUGGGGCGCUUGGGGCAAACCGUCAAGGAGAAAAGAAUGAAGGCCAGAUGAACAUUCAGGACCGAUUGGAUUUCAUCAAGGGGCAGAUCAAAUCAUGGCACACUAUAUAUGGUGUCGACACGAGGUCAUAAACUGCGACCUCGCAAAAAAAUUGGGCGGAUCAGGACUGGCAACGGUUAGGUCAAUAACUUUCUUGGCUUCGCCAGACUGGCAGUCCCUGGAGCUCUCGAGUUUUUCAGUCUUUUUUCUGGGAUGGAUGGAUGCUGCUUGAGCAAGGAGUAUGCAAGGCUCUCUCUUUUUUGGUAUACCCGACAAUAACGGCGAAAGGCGAAAGGGGUUUCAUUUUGACAUAUGGGUGUGACACGGCGUUUUUGCUUGUAUGAUGGUUUCUUUAUUUCACUUCACGAAGGGGCGACCCCAUGGUUUUGACAAGAACCAUGUGAACAGCUUGCUUGGCAAUUACAGGUCACGCAAGUGGCUACCGUCUUUUUCUUUAGCUGUAUCAUAUUUGGGUAUAAAUGGGUUAUAUUCUUUUCGAGGACUACAGCACUGUACGUCACAUAUUGCUAUGCCCAAAUUUUUA